AUGGCGGCUGUGAAUGGCGGCGCAGGGGCGGCGGCCGGGCUGUGUCGGGACCGGGGCGGGCGCGUCCGGCGGGGCGGCGGCGCGUGGGGAUCGGGCCGCGGGCGUGCGGCGGGAGCGGCGGGGACGCGCGGGCGGCCGGGCCGGGCACUGACACGAAAGAGCGAGCGCGCGCCCCUUCCGCCCCCUUUCCUAGCCCCGCGUCAGGCCCCGCCCCCACCGCCCCCGUCCCGGCCAAUCGCCGAGCGCUCCGCUCCGCCCGGCCAAUCGCAGCCCCCGCCCCUCGAGCCGCUGCGCCAAUCGGCGGCGCUCUGCGAUUGGCCAACCGGAGGGCGCGUUACUGCCCCGGGGCCGUGCGGCGGGGGGCGAGCGCGGGGGGACGCACCGCCCGCCCGGGAGGACCCGGCGUCAGCCAAUGGGACGGAGGCAGCUCGGCGCCUGCGCGCUGAUUGGGCGGCGGGGCCGGGCCAAGGGAGCGCACGUGGCGGGCGGCGGCCACGUGGUAGGGCCGGGCCGGGGUCUCGGGGGUCCCGCGGGUCCCGGGGGUCCGCAAGUCCCGGGGCCAGGAGAGGUGCUGCGAUUCCACGCAAUCUCGGUUGCCCCGCCCGGCCCUGCGGCUGUUCGGCGCCCGGAGUGGAACUCUGCUCGAGCACGCUUUUGCCUUCCGUUUUGGGACUGGGCUAG